UCGCAAUGUAUGAACAGCCCCUAUUAGGAUAUUCUCGGAGUUGAAGUCCUCGUGUCGGACCAUGAAUGGCCCCGAGUUAUGAAUCGAUUUCCUUAUGCUACGAAAGUGUGGGACACUCGGAAUCUUCCGUCUCGAUGAGGAUUCUUGAUACUUCAUUCUUCCAGUAUCUUUCCCCUUUGAUUGCGACUUUGUCGGUAUUUUUGUAACGAUAUUUUUAUUUAUUAUUAUACGAGCUAUUAGGUAAACGGAUUAGAUCAAAGAAGACCCACUUUCAGGACCUUAGUUUCUGUAUCCGAGAUACCACGGAAAUAAGAAUCAAUGUAACGUGUCGUACCAGAAAUGUUUAACCUUUUCUACUCCCAGAGUUCUCUUUAAAAAAGAAUUCUUGUACCAAGUGUAUAGAUUCGCGAAGAUUGUUCGAAUGGUCAUUCCACCACGUAUGCGUGACCGUGGUUGAAGACAGAUGUCCGCAAGGUAGGAGACAAAUAGCUUAUACCAUACCUAUGACGAGCUGAAUCGAGAAUAAUAAUAGACGCGUUUGACGUGGCCAUAUAUAGUGUAUAUUUUGCGUUAUUUUCUGAGGAGCACUCGGGGACACGUGUACGUCCUCGUGCUUGACAAUGGUUUCCAAAUACAGGAAUAGUAUCGUUCGAUCGAUUCAAUUUCUUUCUGUUUAAUGCUGCGACAAAACUAGACGGCGACUAAUAUUUGCAUAUUCCCUGCAACGUUUCAACCUCACUCUUAGGUCUUCUGCGUCGUACUGCUAUAUUCCUUUACGUGAUAAAAUUGCCAAUACAGUACUUCAUCGAGAUUUGUAUUUCCCGUGCGACGAAAAAGCGUCUUUCCAUCCCUUACGCUUUCGCGUCUCAUACUUGGAAGGUGUACAACACGCAAUAUUACGUUCAUUUCGUUUUACUUUUUCGUCUCUUGCGUCUCAAAGUGGCGAGAGAACGCGAUAUUAUUUUUCCGUCGGAUUAUUUUCCAUCCGUUGCACCUCAAAGAUGCGAAAACGCAAUUGCAUUUUCGUGCCGUUUCGUUUUAUUUUCCCUUUCAACGUUGCGAAAUUGAACUUGCUUUUGUCGGACGAGUGAAACGAUGCAUAAUAAAGUAGGUAUCAUUAUUGUACGAUGGAGCUGAUAAGCGCAAACAUUGCAACACACAAUGUGUCGUUGAUGUCUCAUCCCUUAUCGUGCACGUGGGUGGACGCUAUGGGGAUGCUUUCUUUCUUUAUUUCCCUCCACAUAGAAAUUAAACAAAAAUCUGCAAGGGAGGAAACAAUGGGGGAAAGGAAUAAUUACGUUCCAGGGGAGCGAAUGGUAACUCUCCUCGGUGCCCGUUGCUCAAUAGAGCGGAGCUUAUCGACCAAAUAUCGGCCCGCGGAACUUCAGUUCGUGAACCCUUCGGCGGGCGUAACGUUGGAGAGCACUCUCGAAUCGUUAUCUAGAAUUCUAGAGGCUGGUACUUGACUCGAAGUGGGUCCCCUGGCUUUAUUUCUGCGAAAGUAGUUCAGCCUGGUCGCGGUUCAAGACUUUGCCGCUCGAUCGGUUAGCCAGAGAUCGUUCGACGAGAUGGAGAAUGCAGAUGUAAUCGAAGAGAAAGAUCUGGCUUUGGCCGACUCAAACGAGUCGGACUCGAGUGACAACGAAACGACGUUUAUUUAUGGAAAGAGCCUGCGACCACCGAUACUGGGUAGCUUUUAUCGAGUCCCUGAUAUUUCAAAGAAGUAUAUCGAGCCAACGAUUCUCGACACGUCCCUGUCUUAUAUUCCAGUUUACGAGCAUCUGAAAAUGUACGAUUUGAAACCAGUCGAGAGACCUAAUACUCCACCCACGUUGUCAGAGUUACGAUCGAAAGUUCUUUGCAGAGAAGAUAACGAAUCUUGCUUGUCUUCCAAAGCACCCUUAACUGGACGAACGAGCAUACAACGAAGUUCUAUUACGAUGAAAUCGCAGGACAGCGAGAGAGUUUUAACACGAUGUACCGAAUAAAACUGAGGAUAUUUUAUAUCGAUAAAAGAAUAAUAAAAUUCAAUUUUUGGCGAA